CUGAAAGAUGAAGAUGGAAUGCCACCAGCAAAAGUGCCACCGAGUGUGCGGUCUUCGGCAGCGUUGCGGUCGGGACUCGAAUUUGGGUUGCCGCCAUCGAUAGUGGUCUUGCACAGCCCGGCGAUUGGACGAAAUAAGCGGAGUUUGAUUAUAAAGCCGCGUGCCAGUAUCUGGAGGCAUCGUGGUGGGGAAGGUGGAGGUGGAGGUGGAAGAAGAAGACCGAGGAAAAGAAGGCGAAUGACAUGGCAGUCUGAGAUGGCAAUGGCUAUGGCGGGCACGUUACGGGUGGGCCAUGUUCGAGUGGAGAGUCUUUGGGAUGAAUCUGGACGGAAAACGAAGGAAGAGGGGGAACAGUACGCAACGUGUGCAAGCCGGAGGUUCGAGCUGGCAGCAUGCGAUGCGCGCACGUGUAUGGUCGGUCUGGAGAUGGGAGCAUUUUGGGCGCCGAGGGCGGUCAGGUAUAAGAGGGGAGCAGCUUGGCAACAGCGGAGACGUGCAGCUCCGGUGGAGCGAGAGAGGUCAGGCGGAGGAGGGGAGAGAGAGCGAAGGGAGGUGGUAGAGAAUAUGGUUGCUUGUCGAGGGGGCUUGAGAGACGAGUGGAGGGUUAACCCGAUAGACCAGGUUGGCGUUUUCCAGGUGGAGGGUGCCCGGGGAAAGAAGAAUCCAGUGGACCAGGUCGGCAUUUUCCAGACCACAGACAUGGGUGAAACAGUUCUCAUGGAGAACCAGGUGGAGGAGGUAUGCGUUUCGCAGCCAAGUGGGAUAGGAGGAGUAGGGGAGGAAGCGACUCAACUCAGCUCUAUAAAUGCGAGGCCCAGGAACCCCGGGAAAUCGACGGUCGGUGAGAUGGGACCGGCUGCAGCUGCUGAGUCGCGAUCCCGAUGCGACGGGGACUGCGAUCGGAAGGUAGGGGAAGACGGAGAGGAGGCUGAUCAGCAAGAGGCGUGGUCUGGUAGCGGAGAAGGGGGAGGGAUUGACAGACGAGAGAGUGAGAAAACUAGAAAGGGAACGUGGAAGAAGACACGUGGCAGCUAUGGAUGUGACGAGAGUAGAAGAAGAGGUGUGGAAGAUGGAGGUGUUGAAGACCAUAUCUGGGAGACCGAAGAUGUCACGAGAACAAGUUCUGAAGAGAAACCGAGACAAUCGGCGAUUGCUGAUCGCUGGGAUGAGGUGUAUGGUGGACGAGGAAUGGUCACCAUAGCCGAGGAAAUACAAGUCCGGGAGACGGGAGAAUCGAACCUGAAGAGGGGCAACAUCAGCAGCACAGCGACUGAGAGACUUGCAGUAGCAGAAGGGGCUGCAGGAGUAGUAGGAGGAGGAGUUGGAGUAGGAGGGGAAGAAGGAUUUGGUACAGAUGUGCAGAGGGAAGGAACUCGAGGAGAGGAUUCCGAAGAGGAAGCUGAUGAAAGUGGGAAUCAUAGGCUGGACGGGCGUGUGCGAUGGAGAGCAAGCAGCAGCAGCAGCGGGAAGCUGAGAUGGCGGGAUCUGUUGAACAUAAAUGCCCUGGAGGAGGUGCAUCUAAUGCGCGCAGGCAGUGUUGCAGAUGCCCACGUUCUGAGAAGAAAAGGGCACCUAAAGGAGCAGGAUGGCUUUGUGGAGUUCAUCAUGAGUAUGCACAGGACACACUCACCUUUAGAGGUGAUGAUGAAAAUGGAAUUAUGGAUUAGAGAACAUAUGCAGGACCCAGAGAGGAGCACUCUCAGAAGAUUGAUCCCUUCUGUGGGAAUUUUCUAUACACCUCUGCAUCUGGUGGAGGCCUUCAAGGAAUAUGAUGAGUUUGCGUCGUUAUCGCGACGGCGGUAUGUUCCCCCUAAUUUUGCGGAGAUUCGCCAUGUGGCCAACAUUGCUCAAGUACACUCAAGCGCGGAGAAGUUGUCGAUGAUCACGUUUGACGCAGAUGGAACGCUCUAUGCUGACGGCCAUCACAUUGAAAAAGACAACAAGAUGAUUGCACAUAUCAUUGCUCUCAUGCAAUGUGGCAUCCAUGUUGCCAUAGUCACAGCUGCAGGGUACCCUGGAGAAGCAUUGCGGUUUGAGAGGAGAGUUGCUGGUUUGUUGGAGGCAUUUCAAGAGUUGCAACUACCUCCGCGGGUUACGUCGUUGUUUUAUGUUAUGGGCGGAGAAUGCAAUUACCUUUUGCGGGUCGGGAAGGACUACCACCUGGAGUUUGUGCCUGACUACCUUUGGAAACCUGCUGAGAUGCAAAAUUGGAAAGAAGAGGAUAUCGAGGCGCUGCUAGGUCAAGCAGAGAGUGCAUUGGAGGCUGCUGCAGCGCGGCUGAAGCUGGAUGUUGGGAUCAUACGGAAGGAGAGGGCAGUCGGAGCGGUCCCUCUGCAUCCAACCAUUUACGAGUCCCUGGAGGAAAUGGCUCUGACAGUUCAAAUACACCUUGUUGGUUCGAAGCUACCUUUUUGUGCCUUUAAUGGUGGAAAUGAUGUAUUUGUGGACAUAGGGAACAAAAGCCUUGGCCUGGCUGCUCUUAUGCAGUACCUGGGAAAGCAACCUGCGGAGACCCUCCACAUUGGCGAUCGGUUCACUGUAACAGGAAAUGACGGAGCCACUCGUGAACGCUGCCCCAUAUUAUGGGUCGCUAAUCCGGAAGAGACUAUCUUUUUCGUCCGUCUGUUGCUGCGUGACAUCCGCUUGGCCCGAUUGACUCCUUACCUAGAGUGACUCUGUUAGGAAAGAGUGUACAGCGCCAAGUCAGGUUGUUUACAAGUUCUUCAUGGCACAUACGAAUCCGAGCCCUUGUGAAUGUGCUUUUAUGGGAUGCUUUGUUUGCUCUACUGUUGUCAGUUGAAGGCUCCUGGAUUGAUGCACGCCCAGGUUCACCUGAGAUUCUCAUUCUGGCCAUUGCGGCGAUACCGAGGACCUGUGGAAUGGAAAAGGAUGGAAAGAGAAGGUGCCUGAUGCGUGGCUGAAAGGUAAGCCCAUGUGACCGUUGAUAAACGGAUCAUGAGCUUGAACCCUUUAUGGAAUCUAUCGAUAAAAUAAUCUCAGAAUC